AUGGGCCUUUGCCGAUCCAAGGCAAGACAAGACAAAUAAGAAUUUUCAAAACAACCUACCACAAAAAAGCAAGAAACCUUUGAAGUAGGUCCAGACAAUUUUGCAACACUAAAAUAAGGCUAAGUUACAAGUUAUUAUAGAGUUGAAAAAUCUCUUGGAAAAGGUACAUGGUCAAAUUAUAAUGAAGGUGCUUAUGGAGAAGUUCGAUUAGUCAUUCAUAAGCAAACAGGAUAAAGAAGAGCUAUGAAGCAAAUAAAGAAAGACAAAAUUGUAAAAGAGGAAGAAGAAAACUUAUUAAAUGAAGUCACAAUACUAAAAUAAUUAGAUCAUCCAAAUAUUGUCAAAUUAUACGAAUUGUUCCAAGAUAAAAAUAAUUUCUACUUAAUUACUGAGUAUUAUAAUGCAAAUAUUUUAGAUAUUUAGAAGGUGGUGAAUUAUUGUAAAGAAUUUCGGAGUAUAAGACAUUUACUGAAAAAAUUGCAGCUGAAUUUUUAAAAUAGAUAUUAUCUGCGGUCAUGUAUUGCCAUGAGAGAAAAAUUGUUCAUCGAGAUCUCAAACCAGAAAAUAUUUUAUUAGAAUCAAUGAAAUAAGAUUCAAAUAUAAAAAUAAUAGAUUUUGGAACAUCAAGACGAAUAUAAGAGAAUUAAUUUUUGACAAAGAAAUUAGGAACUGUAAAUUUCUAUAUUUAAUCAUUUAGCCUUAUUAUAUUGCCCCUGAAGUUUUGAAAAAGAAAUAUAAUGAAAAAUGCGAUGUUUGGUCAUGUGGUGUCAUAUUAUAUUAGAUGUUGAGUGGUUAAUUGCCAUUUGAUGGAUAAUCUGAUGAGAUUUUAUCAAAAAUUGAUAUCGGCAAUUACAGUUUUCCAUGUAAUUUAAAUAAUAUUAAUCCGUUUAGCUGAAAAUUGGAAUGGAAUAUCAGAUUAAGCAAUUAGUUUAAUUAAGAAAAUGAUGGAAAAGGAACCUAGUAAGAGAAUUACAGCAAAAUAAGCAUAUGAGGAUCCAUGGAUUUAAAAUAAUGUUCAUGUGGCCAAAAUUGAUGCUCGAUAACUUAAAAAUUUAUAAUCUUUUUACGUAUUAUAACAAACAUAUAAAGAGUAAAAAUAAAGUAAGAACAGCUUUGAUGCAGUUCAUUACGACCUAGAUAAUGACAAACUAAGAAAAGGAGGAGUUGAUAACACUAUUUAAGUCUAUUGAUAAAAAUGGAGAUGGAUUAUUGAGUAAAGAAGAGCUGUUAGCUGGUAUAUAAUUAAAAAUAGAUUAGUAUACAGUUAACAAUAUGAUCCACUAAAAGCUUUACAAAUGGUUGACGAGGUAUUUGAGAAAAUUGAUAUCAACAAAACUGGAGCAGUUGAUUUUACUGCUUUUGUGUCUGCAGCAUGUUAAUAAGAAAAAAUACUCAAUAAGAUUAAAUUGGAGCAAACUUUCAAAAUCUUUGAUAUUGUAAUAAUUGAAUAACUACCUUUAUAGAAUGGAGAUGGUUAAAUAAGUAAGGAUGAAUUAUAAGAAAUAAUGGGAGGAAUAGAUGAUCAAUUGUGGUAAGAAAUCUUAUAGACAUGUGAUGGAAAUGGAGAUGGCGAAAUCUAAUUCGAAGAGUUUAUUACUUAUCUAGUCUAAAAAUAUUGA